GUAACAACUCACCUGAGAGAAACCAAAUAACUAGUUAUGUACGUUCCGCGAACAAUGAAAUGAAUUGUGAAUUUCGACAGGUGGUUUAGGAUAAAAAACGCGUUAUUUGUCGUCGUCUUUUUUUUGCGACUUUCUUUUUUAAAACAAAAGUUGGUGUUUUCUUUUUUUUUUGUUUGAAGAUCUAGACCAAGAUGGACACCGUGUGGGUGCGUGACACCGAGGAGGGCUUUGUCUUGGGUCAGAUGACGGAACUGAUGGAAGAUGGGGCAGAAGUCAUCCCGAUCGAUUCCAAAUUUUCAAAACGAGUAGCCCCUUUCGACGACAUAUUCCGGGCCGGCGAUCCAGACAAGGAUUUUGAUGAUAACUGUGAAAUGAUGUUCCUGAAUGAAGCCACUCUCCUGAAUAAUAUUCGCAAGCGAUAUUACAAAAACAAAAUCUAUUCUUACGUCGCAAACAUCCUCAUAGCAGUGAACCCGUACAAGGAGAUUCCCGAACUAUAUUCCAAAGAUACUGUAAAGAAAUAUCACGGGAAAUCUAUUGGACAGUUAGCUCCCCAUGUAUUCGCGAUCGCUGACAAAGCAGCAAGAGACAUUCGGGUUCUCAAACAGUCCCAGUCCAUUAUUGUCUCAGGAGAAUCUGGAGCUGGAAAAACCGAAUCCACAAAACACUUACUACGAUUCCUUUGCGAUAACCGUGGGUCAGGAUCGGCAGGGCCCAUCGAGCAGAAGAUCCUAGAAGCAAAUCCAGUAUUAGAAGCCUUCGGCAAUGCCAAAACUACAAGAAACAACAACAGCUCCAGGUUUGGAAAAUUCAUGGAGAUUCACUACGACAAAAAGUUUAAUGUAGUUGGCGGAUUUAUAUCACAUUAUUUACUGGAGAAGUCGAGGAUUUGCUCUGCUUCCGGCGACGAAAGGACAUACCACAUCUUCUACAUCCUCUUGGGGGGAGCUCCCGAAAGUUUAAGGCAACAGUUGGCGCUCACUCAACCAGACCACUACAACUAUUUGAAAAACGGUUGUACAAGAUAUUUCACCAAGCAGUCGUCCGAACAAAAGUUGUCACCUUCCCAAAAAAGUGCGGCGCAUUCCAAACAGGGUGGUCUUCGCGAUACCGUGGUGGACGAUGUGGAGAGUUUUGCCCAUUUGGACAAAGCUUUGAGCACAAUGGGGAUGGGAGAUAGUGAAAGGCUCGAAAUAUACAGUACUGUAGCUGCAGUACUUCACCUAGGAAACAUACAAUUCGAAGAGAUAUCCGAGGACACCAAGGGAGGCUGCAGGGUCACAACCGCUAGCGAAAAGUCACUCACAAUCGCUUCCAAACUUUUGGCAAUCGACCCCGACGAACUCAGGCAGGCGCUGGUAUCAAGGGUGAUGCAAAGCGCUAGGGGAGGUUACAAAGGAACUGUUAUCAUGGUACCUCUGAAAGUAUAUGAAGCUAACAAUGCAAGAGAUGCACUGGCCAAAGCAGUUUAUAGUAAAUUAUUCGAUUACAUUGUCCAAAGGAUAAACCAAAGUAUACCAUUCCAAGCUUCCAGUUAUUACAUAGGCGUUUUAGACAUAGCUGGAUUUGAAUUCUUCACCGUUAACAGUUUUGAACAAUUCUGCAUCAACUACUGUAACGAGAAGUUACAACAGUUCUUUAACGAAAGGAUUUUGAAGUACGAGCAAGAAUUGUACAAGAAAGAGGGACUGAAUGUACCAGAAAUAAAAUUCGUUGAUAACCAAGAUUGCAUAGACACGAUUGAAGCUCCCAAGAAGGGAAUAUUUAGUUUAUUGGACGAAGAAUCUAAAAUGCCCAAACCUUCGUAUCAACACUUUACUUCGGAAGUUCAUUCCCAAUGGUCCGGUAACUUUAGACUUGGCCUACCGAGAUCGUCUAGACUACAAGCCCACAGAAAUAUUCGUGACGAUGAAGGAUUUGUUGUUAGACAUUUUGCAGGGGGUGUUUGCUACCAAACAGUAAGAAUAAGAUCUUUAUUAUUUUUUUGUGUCUUUAGUACAAUUAUUAAUAAAAAGAAUUAA